GCCGCCGCUGCAGCGCUUCCCCUUUUCCAAAAUGGCGCUUUGUUUAUGUCUUUGUAAUAUCGUUUAUUAUCUUUAACGAGCCUCAUGCAUUUUCUUGCCAUAUUACGUGAAAUUGAUCAAUUUAUUUUGCAUUUUAAAACAGAAGCAAAACCGGAGAUCAGUGUUCACCUGCACCAAAAUGAUGCAAGCUGAGGCUAUUGACUCGACAGUGAGAGAGGGCAUUGAGGCUCUUGGCGUAAAGGAUACCGAACAAUCAGAAGCAUUUAAAGAAGAGGAAGAUGCAGACACAGAUAUGACAGGAGUCCAUGAGGAGGCUACACACUCUAAAGGCAAAGAUGAAGAAGUAGAUGUUCUAGAUGGCACCUUAAAGGAUAAUGCCCAAGUGGACAAUACAGAUACAGCACAAGCCACUAAGGACACAGAGGAAUGGGAAAUUGCAUAUAGUGAUGAAGAAAUGGAAGAUCCGAAAAACUGGAUGCCUCCUCCAUCGGAAAUCAAGAGACUGUAUGAGUUCCUUGCCAAAGGGGAAAUGCUAGAGAUGAACUUUGUUCCUCUUCCUAGAAGACCGCCAACACCUGAAAGGACACCCUCACCCGAGCGAGACGACGAGGAUGAAGCAGCAAAGGAAAGAGAGCGGGCGGAAAGAGAACGCAAGCCCCCAACUCCAACAGAAUUUGACUUUGAUGAGGAGCAGUUAAAAACAACCCCAAAAAAUGCCUUCAUGAACAGACGGAGAACUCCAGGAUCAUCAGCUCGCUCAUCUGUGAAACGAGAAGCCAGAUUGGACAAAGUGUUAUCAGACAUGAAGCGACAUCGAAAGAUAGAAGAGCAGAUUUUGCGCACUGGGCGGGAUCUCUUCAAAUGUGAGAAAAAGCUGGAAGAAGCGUUGUCUCCCAACUCACAGAAAGAACGUGAAAAGGAGAGAGAGCGGGACAGCAACCCCAAUACCAUCUUCUCCCCAAGGCAGAGAAGAUACUGAAUAAUUUAAGCGGACUUGAAUUUUUAUGUAAUAAUUUUUUAUGUGUGUUUUGUAUGACAAUUCAGCUAUUACUCUAGAUAAAUAAAAACAACAAUUUU